AUGAACUCGCAACUCAUUGUGCACCAUCCAUAUCGAACAUUAUCAGAGCUUCAGCCCGAACUGUCACUCACGUCGGAUGAGGUUGCUCUUGCAUGGUCUGUGAUCAAUGAUCAUUACCUGACGGACCUACCUCUCCUAUAUGCCCCUCAUGUCAUUGCGGUCAUGGCGAUUAUUGUCGCAGUUGUCUUCAAGCCAAGUUCCGGGAAUUUCCACGGGUCUGCGGCGCCUGUCCUCACCGGCGCAAUGAGGGAUGGCGGAAUGAAUGUGCUGGCUGCAUUAGGAGACCGGACUGGUUCCGGGCCUCCUCCCAAAAUCCAGAAACUCAUCAGCUGGCUUGCUGAGAGUGAAAUCGACAUCAAAGGUGUCAUUGAGUGCACCCAGGAAUUGGUGUCUCUUUAUGAAGUUUGGGAGCAGUACAGCGAGAAGACUUGCAAGGAGCUACUUGGGCGGAUGGUCAAAACCAAAAAUUUGGACAAAUGA